AUGGGUUUUAGAAAGGUACGUCUGGGCGAUUAUGACAGGAAUAAAACGCACGAUUGUUCUUCAUUGGGUUGCUUGCCGAGGACCUCUGAUAUUGAUAUCGAGCGUGCUAUUCCACACCCACAAUAUAACAUAACCGGGAUAAAUGAAAAUAACAUAGCCCUGGUUAGAAUAGCUGAAGAGAUUUUGUUUUCAGAUUAUAUCCGGCCGAUUUGUCUGCUCGUCAAUCAACCUCUUCUGAAACAAUUUUCAUCAUUUAUAGUCGCUGGCUGGGCUGAUUAUAACAAAGUAAUAAAAACGGUGCUACAGACAGCAAUUGUAGCCAAUCGCGAUAUUGAGGAGUGCAAGAGUCUUCAGCUAAAUAAUUUAUUCAAGGACCUUAUAUGUGCCGGCGAUACAACCAGUGACACAUGUGAAGGAGACAUGGGAAAUCCCCUAACCGGAGAGCUACUCUAUGGAGGAGUUCCUCGCAUUUUCCAGUUCGGGAUUUCAAAUUUUGGAUUCUCGGCAUGUAAAGGCCCCAGUGUUUAUACCAAUGUUACGUACCAUAUGAAAUGGAUAGAGGAUACGCUUUUUGAAUAUGUAAAUACUGACAACUGAAAAGGAUUUGUGAGUUUAGACCGCACUUGUUAGUAGCUAAAUCCUCCGUUUCAAAUAGCUUAAAAUUAUAUAAGUAUUAUUGAUGAACAAUCUUGAUAUCCCAAUUUGAUUAAAGCUGAACCCGAGGGAACAAGAGUGGGUCCAUUGAAUUUCGCCAGCUUCUUUUCAAAUUAACUGAAAUC